ACUUGUAACAAACAUUCAAGCAAGGUUAGAGAAUUGAUAUUGAUAAUCAAGAAUCAAAUCAAUAAAAUGAGUAUGAAUAUUCAUCAAGAGAAUUCUCAGAAAUCUAGUGGUAAGAAGUUCUUUGAGCGUGCAGCAAAGUGGUUUGAAUACAAAGAUAAAGGAGAAUGGAUAAAAGAUAUGAAAAAUAGCAUAGGUAUAGCAGUUUCUAUAAUCGCAACCGUAACAUUUUCACUCGCCACUAAUCCACCCGGUGGCGUCGUGCAAGCGGGUCCUGACGAUUUUCCCUUUUCUACAAACGAUACAUUUUGUUUGAAAUUGAAUACGACGUCCAGAGAUCGUAUAUGUGCUGGAGAAUCUAUCUUGGCUACUUCAAACAAGGAAGAUUAUCUUGCAUUUUUGGUAUGCAAUACAAUUUGUUUCAUUUCAUCACUUAGUGUUCUUCUCUUGCUUGUUAGUGGAAUUCCUAUAAGAAAAACGUUUCUAUUAUGGCUUUUGUCAUUUGGAAUGUGUGUCAUACUCACAAGUUUUGCUCUUACCUACAUGUUUGCUGUUUAUAUGGUCACACCAAAAGUCAUUUGGAGUUCUCUUUUAGAAAAUGUGUUUGGUAUUGUUAUUGUUGUUUGGGCUUCGUUUGUUGUACUUCUUGCUGCUUUUUUCAUUGUUCGCCUUAUUGUAAGGGGUGUCCAUAAAGUUUCGCAACUGAGAAACUUGAAUUAAUCCAGUCUUUGUGGUUUCAGAUUGUUUCACAAUAAUAUGUUUGUUUAAGAGUGUCAAUUAUGUUAUUAAAAAAAAUUCAAUUAUGUAUUUGUAUUGGUUGUAAUUUGUAUCAUGUAGUCGAUAAGACUUCAUUGAUGUUGUACUAGUACUUCUUGUAAUUUGAAUUCAGUGUUUGGUUAAAAUAGGCCUAUGUUAUGUAAUCUAAUUCGGUUUAUUUAUCAAAAAGAAUCAUGUAAUUGUAUUAUGUAAAUGUUUAGUGGAAUAAA